GUGAUCGAGAAAGAGAGGUAUAUAAAAUUUGACGUUAAAAAGAGUAAGCAAUAUAUAAAAUUUAUCUAUCCUAACACAGUUGGCACUGACAAUGUCAAUAAAGUUUAAAAAAUGAAUUAUUGUUUUCCGUAAUUUUAUUAUACACAUUUUGCAGCUUUUUGUAUUGGUUUUUUCACAGUUUUUGUAGAGAUAAACUUCACACGCGAUUAAAAUUUCGUGGACAAUAGGCCUACUACGAACGAGACCGUUUUCGCGUAUUGCGUCGAGUUCACAAUACCAGUAUCGCAACUAUGGGUACGAACGCAAAGGACGACUUUAUGGAAUCCAAGGAGUACGUCGUAAAAACCGAUGAAUUCGACGAUCUGUCGGAUACGCUGUUGGAAGGCAUCGGAGGCGACAAGAAGCAACUCGACGAUGCUUUAUUGGCCGAUCCUGAUAGUUGUGGCAUGUGUGGUGGCGCUCUAGAGGUCCCUCGAAUGCUGCAUUGCCUGCAUGUAUUCUGCCAGGAUUGUCUCGACAAAAAGAUAGCAUGCAAUGGUGCUGGCGAUGCCGGAUCCAGAGACACUUCGAUUAUUUGUCCCACCUGCAAUCACACCACAAUGGUUGGGACGAAAAAGUUGGCUGCGCUGCCGCUGGACGUGACCAAAACCAACAUCUCUGACGUAUCCAACUCGUCGAGUUUGCAUUGCACGUCUUGCACGGCCAAGGAGGUGGCGAAGUCGCGGUGCAGCACCUGCCACAACUUGUUGUGCAACAAUUGCGAUUCCGCUCAUCAUUUCAUGCGUUGCUUCGAAUCGCACAAGGUGGUCGCUUUGGACGACAUGCAGAAUAUAAUCUACAAUUGUACCAAUUGCAACGUGACGGCCUGCGCCGAAUGCGUCAAGGGCGAUCACAAGGGCCAUCAGUGCGAAGGUAUACUCGAUUCGGAGACGCGGGUGCGCCAGGAAAUGGACGCCUUGCUCGCGAGGAGCAGGGAGAAAAUCGAACAGCUCGCCAAAGCAUCGGCUAAUUUGAAUAACAAUUUGGAGGAAUUGGCCCAUCAACGUUCUACCGCUAGAGAUCUUAUCAACGAAUCAUAUCAGAGUUACAAGGCUGUUCUCGAAAAGUGCAAAGAUGAUAUAAUCGAAGAAUUAAAUAAAUUGUACCACGAGCGUGAAUUGAAGAUCAUGAAAGAAACCGAUGAGCUGGGUAAAACAAUUGAUAACAUGGAAGAUGCUUGUAAAUUCACUUCUCGUUUAUUAGAAAAUGGCACUGUACCAGAGAUGAUGUAUUUGAGAAAAGUAGUCGCUUCUAGGCUAAUUGAAUUGAGCAGCAAAUCGCCUAAAUUGGAAAAGUGCUAUACGAUCGAAUUCAAAUCCGAUUUGGAUAAAUUCGAUAACGUCGUCAAAAAUAAUUUCGGCAGAUUCGCCACGGAAAGCGACGUUGCCAUAACGAAAAGUUUGCCCGAUUUACCUCCGCUCAACAUCAACGGAAUCAACGGUAUCAGCAACGCCAAUCAUAACGCAUCAACGCCCGCCAUAAUCACCAACGGUUGCAACGGUCCCUCUGUAUCCAACGGCAGUCCCAUCUCCCUUCCGACGUCCAUGCAAUCGUCGUUCGACGGCGACAUCGGCAACAAUCUGCAAAAUCUCAUGGCCCAAAGUCCUCCUUUGCCUCACGUCAGCUCGACGGCCGCCCUGCAGGGAUUCUCCAGCAUCGCCGAAUACAACAUCGCCCGUUUGGCCACACUCGCCGAAACCACCAACAGCGCCGCCACGUCGCCCACGGCGGCCCCCUUCAACUUGGCCGACCUUCUAACCAACGAUACUGCCUACAAAAAUCUCGCUUCGCUGGCCAAUCUCGGAUUAACGGCAACCGAUACGGUUUCGAACGGUAACAACAUGCUCGCCAGAUCGACAUCUGCGGCAUCCUUAACCCUAUCCAAUAAUAUUAUAAACGGUUUCGGUGGCGUGUCCACCUCGACGUCUCCGCUCUUAUCCACUCCCGACGACAUUAUUCCAGAUCCCCUGACCAAUAUUAUCCCUCCUACAGGCAACACGACCGCCCCGUCCAUUCCUCGCUCGAACAAAGUCAGUCCCAUGCAGAUUCGCAGCAAAUUCGGCCAGUUGGGGCCCACCAAGGGCCAGUUCAAUUCGCCGCACGGAUUUUGCCUCGGCUUGGAGGAAGACAUCAUCGUCGCCGAUACGAACAAUCACAGAAUUCAGGCGUUCGAUAAGAACGGUACGUUCAAAUUCCAAUUUGGCAUACCCGGCAAGGACGAGGGUCAGCUUUGGUAUCCGCGCAAAGUGGCCGUGAUGCGGAGCAGCGGCAAGUACGUGGUGUGCGAUCGCGGCAACGAGCGAUCUCGCAUGCAGAUUUUCACGAAAAACGGGCAUUUUCUCAAGAAAAUCGCCAUACGCUACAUUGACAUUGUAGCCGGCUUGGCGGUGACAUCGCACGGUGAAAUCGUGGCCGUCGACAGCGUCAGUCCCACCGUGUUCAUUAUCGGCGAAAGCGGCGAAUUGCUCAGAUGGUUCGAUUGCAGCGAUUACAUGAGAGAACCGUCUGAUAUAGCCAUUCACGGUAAAGAAUUCUACGUGUGCGACUUCAAAGGCCACAACGUGGUCGUUUUCAGCGAGGACGGUCACUUUUUGCGGAGAAUCGGCUGCGAGAAUUUGACCAACUACCCCAACGGAAUUGAUAUAUCCGAUGCUGGCGACGUAUUGAUCGGCGAUUCGCACGGCAACAGGUUUCAUGUGGCCGUGUUCUCGCGCGACGGCUCCUUGAUUUCCGAAUUUGAAUGCCCCUACGUUAAGGUGUCGAGGUGCUGUGGCUUGAAGAUAACUUCCGAAGGUUACGUAGUCACUUUGGCCAAGAACAAUCAUCACGUGCUAGUUCUGAAUACGCUGUACAUCCUCUAAAACCCCCCGAAUGUUGAGAACCUCAAGAUCCUUACGUGCCCAAAAAAAUAGUCCCUUUUCUCCAUCCCGUUCAACCGUUUCAAUGAAUCUGCAGCGUUUCCUAUUUCCCGCUUGUCGAGCUGUGGCAUUUAACGAAUUUUUUUCAUAUAUGCGCAAAAACGGAAAAUUCGAUGUAUCCUUUUUUCGCGUAGGUCGCACCCCCAGUGCAAUUGGAAUGCGUAAGAGUUAUACGUGCUAACCAAAGAUUAGGGUAGGGUACUAAUAUGUAAAAACCCUAUGUGUAUUCCUUCGUCUCAGCCCAAUAUAUAUUUUUUUCUCUCCUUUAAGCUACUCUAUUUGAUGUGUACUUUUCGAGUAGUUUAGUUCGGUGCGAUUUACGUGAAAAAUGAAAAAAAAAAUAAACUUUUGUAACAAUCACUUAUACAUUAUCUCCGGUGAUAAUAUCCGGAGUUUCUCGUGUACCUUAAAGUAGCACUCUUGUUCCUCUGCUUAACCUAAAACAAAUUUCCAAACUGAUUUUCAUACCUAAUAAUCAGAAAGUACUAUAUUAUUCGUAUAUACAUACAUAGUUUAUCUCAUAUUGUAUAUGUCUUAUAUUUACAUUUCUAACGAGUUUUUGAUAUUUCUAUUUAAAAAAAUUCGACUCAAAGACUUGGAUUUUGGUUUUUUAUUUACACACACACAAGCAUGUAAAAGUUCUGAUCGUUGUGUUAUUGUGGCUAAGAACAUGAUUUAGUAUAUUUUAUUUGCUUACGCAUUUCGGGAUAUUUCAAAUACGGGCAGGUUUUGAUCUUUUCACUGUUUACUUUUAGUAGUUUUGCAUUGUUAAUUUUAAAUAUUCAUUUAAAGUUUGUGUAUCUACGAGUAUUGUCGUUUUUUUUUUUUCGUCUAUUCUCGCGAGUUUUUCUACUACCUUGAAAAUUCAUUUUCUUCGUCACAAAACGACCGUGUCAGAUUUUGAUGUUCGACAAUGAUUGUAAAGUACAUAGAAAAAAAAAACUAUUUACCUAUCGCCUUAGGUUUACAUCUAUGGUUAUUCAGGGUGGCAAGAGCAUACAAGCUCGUAUUUUUGGAACUGUUUUUUUUUAUUUAAAUGUACUGAAGGUUGUUUUUAAUUUGUAAGUUAUAUUACUGGUUUUUGAAUAAAUAUAAUUGGA